AACCAAUUCAUUCGCUGGAAGGGCCAGACGAGGGCCCCUUCUCCCCGAGUGGGUCGGACUAGCAUCGGGGAUUGCGGCAGGAGACGCGGAAGGGCUCACGGGUGGCACGAUGCCCCCCCGGAGUGGAGCAUCCCCAAUCUAAUCCCAUUCGAUUUCAUUAAACUGCUGAGUUUUGUCUCGGGUGCGAAUUAAUUCAUUGGGGAAACAUAGGGGCAGGGUGGAAUUGCAAGUAGUUGGCGAAAAUAUGCAUUUCCGGGUGACCAACAAAGCUCUGCAAGAAUUUCGGGUGCUAAUUUCCUGGUCAAAAGUCGAUCUGAGGGAUGAAGAGCUCCCAGUUCGCCAUUUCUGUUUAUUACAGACCUUCCUGCGCUCAGAAGAAUAUUCAAUCGAUUCGCUGUCCUAGGCCAACAUUAGCGCGUCUGUCCAGAUCGCACUGCAAUCUCGGCCAAUUCACACUAUGUGGACAGGUCUUCGGACGAGAGACGAGGCAUCCAAAGCUGCCUUGAACAGCACGGUCCAGCUAUGGACCCUCUAUUCGAUUGGGUGUGCAGUGACCCUCCUCAGGACAUACUCGCGGUGGAAAGACAUGGGCUGGCGUGGGCUACGCCUGGAUGACUACCUGAUAUGGGUCGCGAUUGCAUUCUACACAGCGCAGGUAGCUCUGGCGUACAGCGUGGGCCAGUCAGCCCACGGCCUUGCAAAUAACAGCAUGACGGACAGCCAGCGGGCGGCAUUGGCUGCAGGCAGUGCAGAAUUUCGACGCAGAGUGCUUGGCUCUAAGAUCCAAAUCGCGGGUUGGGCCACUUAUUCAGCGAUGAUCAACUCUUUAAAGUUGUCCAUGUUGGCAUUUUACAGCCGGCUGAUGGAGGGCCUCGGUCGGCGUCAUCGCAUUCCAAUCUGGAUUGGGUCUGGACUGGUUGGUGGAACCUUUCUCGCUAGUGUAAUAACCAUCUUUGCAGCAUGUCGGCCGUUCCACAAGAAUUGGCAAAUCCAUCCAGAUCCAGGCAAUGUCUGUCAACCAGCCAUUUCCAAGCCGGUCAUCGCAGUGACCUUUGCUGCGAAUCUCAUUACCGACCCAUUCCUAGUACUGAUCCCGCUUCCCAUGCUUUGGAGUUCAAGCCUGAAGCUACCGAAAAAGCUGGCGGUGACCCUUGUACUCGGGGCCGGGAUUUUUGUCCUCGUCUGCGCGACGCUGAAAAGUGUUUUCCUUUUAGUGGAGCCUGAUAACGGCGCAUCGGUUGCGGAUGAAUGGGGGACGCGAGAGACUUUUGUUGCAGUGGUCACCACCAAUCUUCCCAUGGUGUUGCACCUUUUGCGAACCUGGCUCGCCCGAGGAUUCGGUAGUGCGUUCCAAUCGUCCCCCAAGACAUACCAAUCGCCCUCCGGGGGGUUGGAGAAUUAUGGAGGGGCCAGUCGGACUCGUGGUCGAACGGGCAGCACGGAUCCCAUCACGGUGGGCCUGACAUUUACGGAGAGUGAGGAACGGAUGAUGGACGACGUUAAGCUGCAGACCUUGGGACCAUAUGAAGCACCCGCCCCGGGGACUAUCAUAGUCUCGAACCAGGUUGAAGUCAGCCAUGAAACCCGGAGUUGUCAUCCCAGUGAAUCGUCUGCCCCGUGUGGUCAAGGAACAUGGUAG